AUGUUCGCCCGAUCUGCCAUCCUCCUCGCCACCCUUGCUGCCGUUGUCAACGCAGACCUCACGGCCUCUCUCAUCGAGUGCCAGCCCGCCCUCCUCUCUUGGUCCGGUGGUUCUUCCCCUUACUACCUCUCCAUCAUUCCCGGUGGUCAGUCUAGCGCUGCCGCCCUCAAGGACUUUGGAGAGCAGUCCGGUACCUCCCUCACCUGGACCGUCGACAUUGCCUCUGGCACUUCUGUCACUGUCAAGGUUACCGACUCUACUGGUGCUAUCAACUACGACGAUGUUGUCUCCAUCCAGUCUGGCUCCAGCACCUCUUGUUUGAGCUCCAGCACCUCUGCUUCUGGUAUCACCGGCUCUUCUUCUGCCACCUCUGGCGCCGCUGCCGCCUCUGGCUCUUCUUCCGCCGCUGGCUCUUCUUCUGCCGCCAGCUCCGGCUCUUCUUCUGCCGCCGCCAGCUCCGGCUCCUCCGCCGCUGCCGACAGCUCUUCCACCGCUGCCAGCUCCGCCUCCGCCUCCUCCUCUUCUUCCUCCUCUUCCGGCGCCAUGGGCUUUGCUUCCGCCUCCGUCGCCGGCAUUGCCCUCUCUGCCGUCGCUGCCGGUGUUGUCGCCUUCUUCUAA